AUGUUUUCAAGAAGACUCUUUUCAACUUUACGAUUGGGUUCCACUUUUACCAAUCGUUCUUUUCUAUCCACUAAUGUUCCUUCACUUAUACAAUUCUCUCCAAUUGUUGUCCCAAUUUCAAAGCAAGUUUUUAACAGUCGUUCAAUUUAUUCAAAUUCAACAUUAAAUAAUGCUGCUCCAACAGUUUACGAAGUCGAUAAAGAUUAUUGGUCCUUAAAAACUACAAUUGAUGAUAUUCGAGCAAAAUAUGGAUUGGGAGGUGGCACUAGAAUCAAAGACCCAAAUCUUGACCAAAAUUCGGAUUUGGAUUUGGAAAUUGAUUUGACUGUUGCUGAUAUCAAAAAAAUUGUAAAAAUCCAACAAUUAUUGGAAAAGGCUGCGCAAGAUUUGUCAUAUUUGGUUUCUGCUUCGCCUCCGGAAAUAUUUAGUGAUCACGAUAGUUUCAAAGAUGAUGAUGUCGCCAUUAAAGCUAAUGCCAAAAAAGUUUUGUGGUUAGUUGAGGAUGAUGAUGUUUCUGGUAAUGCUAAAGAAGCAAUUAGAAGUUAUAAAGAAAAUAGAGUUGCCGGUGACGUUACCAUGAAUGCUUAUACUUUAGAAGAUGGUAAAGAUGAAAACCCUCCCGUUGGAUUUCGACAAGAUUUAUAUCAAUAA